GUGUUUUAUUAACUGUCUGUGACAAAUCGGUGACCAUGAAUUUGACAGCUAGUGCCCCUUUAAGUUUUUAUAGGUAAAAUAAAAGGUAAAAAACAUUACGACAAUUCUGAAAUAAACUAUAAUCGUUAAAACAACAAUUCCACCUAUUUAAAUAUGCCUGAAAUGAAAAGUUGGCAAACCAGGAUGACACCAAGUACAAGUAUCAGAAUGAAGUGUCUGUUUAUGUUAGCCGUUUUGUUGCCUUUUGUUCUUGGAGCACACCAUGCUCAUCACGAAAGAUUUUUGACUGGUAACAAUCAACUAAACCAACCAGAUUUAGACAAAGUCAUACAGUUAGUUCGAGGGUUCGCUAAAUCUGAUAUGGGACAAAGAGCUUGUGUAAUAGCUUGUCGAACAGCGGUUCGGUCAACAGGAUAUGGGUUUCUAUUGACUUUUCUGUGUCCUGCCGCCUGUGAACGGGUUCGAGCACAAUUGAAAUAGGCAUAAGAGAUCAUAGGCAGUAUUAUUGAAUAAAAACAGAAUUAUAUAA